AAACAAAAGGAUUUUGAAAUUGAUAAUGUUGAUGAAGGAAUAAGUUUGAUCAAAGCAAGGCUGCAAUCCAAAAGGGUUCUUAUUGUUCUUGAUGACAUAGACCACAUAAGUCAAUUAGAAUCAUUAGCAGGUCAACGAAAUUGGUUUGGUACAGGUAGUACAAUUAUAAUAACAACUAGAGAUGUUCACUUGUUGAGUGAGCUUGGAAUACAAGAGAAGUACAAGGUUAAAACAUUAAGCAUUGAUGAUUCUUUGAAACUCUUAAGUUGGCAUGCUUUUGGUGUUCCUAUAGCAUUACAGGAGUAUACUAAACUAUCCAAAAUGAUAGCAAGGUAUACUGGGGGACUUCCAUUAGCACUUACAGUUAUAGGCUCUCAUUUGCGUGGAAGAUCGGUGCAAGAGUGGAUUGAAGAUAUUGAGAAAUUAAGAAGGAAUCCUCAUGACGAUAUUCAAAGAAUUCUUGAAAUAAGCUAUGAUGCACUUGAUGGUGAUACUAAAAACAUCUUUCUUGAUAUUGCUUGUUUUUUUGUUGGGCAUGAAAAAAAAGGCACGACUAUGAUACUGGAAGCUUGUGGUUUUCAUGUUGAAAGUGGAAUCAGAAGUUUGAUAGAAAGAUGUUUGUUAACAAUAGAUGGAGAUAUAGGAUUUAAAAAAGUUGAGAUGCAUGAUUUAGUACGGGAUAUGGGAAGAGAAAUUGUUCGAAAGGAAUCUCCAAGAAAUCCUGGCAAACAAAGUAGAUUGGUGGACCCAAAUGUUGUUUUUGAUGUUCUACAAGGCAACAAGGGAACAAAAGCAAUUGAAGGGAUGAUCGUAAACUCUAACAUGUUAAAGAAUGUGCCUUUGAGUAUGGAAGUAUUCACAAGGAUGGUAAAUUUGCGAAUACUCAUAUUAGAUGGUCUGCUUCUUAGAGGAUCUUUUAAAUAUUUGUCCAAUGAGCUUAGACUUUUAAGGUUGGGUAAUUGCUGUUUGAGUCACAUACAAUUGGAUUUUCAUUUUGCGAAACUUGUUGAGUUAGACGUAAGCAAUAGCAAUAUCGAAGAAUUUCAACCCAAUAUGCAGAAUUUUGUAUGCUUGAGGAUGUUAAAUCUCAAUUAUUGUGAACAACUUAAGAGUACACCAGACUUUACUGGGGCACAAAGUCUUCAGGAAAUAUCCUUCUUUCAUUGUUCAAAUUUGGCGAAUGUGCACCCAUCAAUUGGAAAUUUGGAAAGGCUUGUUGGGUUAAAUUUGUCGAGAUGCAAGAAAUUGAAGGCACGUUCUGAAGGUAAUACUGUCCAGAUUUUGCUUCAAGUCCGGGAAUAUUCUGUACAUUGGUAUAUUCCAAAACUUUUGGGGCAUACACCCAUUAACAUCUUUAAUAGUUGUUUUUAUGGUAACGAGGAGUUUGAUGGAGUUGGUGUUAGAGUGAGAAGCAUAACCACUGGUGCUUGGAUCGUAAAGGAACCUCAGAAAUAUAUUAAGUUUAAAAAGUUUUAAUUUGAGGUGGGAACAAGGAUUGGAGAAGUAUUGGAGGUGUAUGCUCAUUUCCAUCCUCUGCAGAAGAAGAUGCUGCUUUGUUUAUUUGAAAUACAUAGAAACUCGGAUGGAGAAGUGCGUUUCUUUCCAUCAACAAAAGGCUUCGUAGAAAUUGAAAUUGAAGAUGAUGGAACAACAAAAAAUGAUGAUUCUUCAACAAGUAGUAGUGUAGAAGAAGAAGAGCAGAAUUAUGGUUGGAGCAGCAUUUUCGGGAGUUUCUCCUAAAGUGUUUUUGUUGGGAUGAAGGAAGAUAGUACAUACGGUUCAAGGUGCAAACAGAAGAAGAAGCAGACGCAAAAGAAGCGUUUGGACAAAAUGACUUCUAUAUAUCUUUCAAGGGAUUGGGGCCUUAGCUGCUGUUUCUUCAGCCAAUAUAAUUAUUUUGACUCAAAGAAACACCACAUCUUUUCUUUCUCAGGUAAUUCAAACAAAGAGUGUCUGUCUUUGGAUUCAGAAUGAUGGAACAAUUCCGUAUCCAUUUUCUGCCAUCAAUGGUGCAUACAAUAUCUGAUCCCCCUUGGUCUUCUUCUUCUUCUUCUUCUCUCUGUACCUCAGAACUCUGGCCUCUCUGUCCAUUUGAGUAAGCUGCAUGUGGAGGCAUCUGAAUUGGAGGUCAAUUGUCCCUUUUGAGGGUCUUCAGGUCUUGAGUGGGAGAUUGAGGAAUGCAUAAUCAAGGUAGACUGGAACAACACCAACAUCCAUGGAAAAAAUGGAAACCUGUUCACCCAAAAUCAAAAUAUACCUGUCAGGUUUUGGUGGCAUGAACUAAACUCAGCAAGCUCCAAACUUGGCGGCCAUGCAUUUUGGUUCCCACUUGGCUGAUACACUUCCAAUACUAAUCGAUCAACUACUGUAUUACUGCAUCUGAGAAUUGAUGAGGAUCGGAAGUUGGGGAGUAUAGUAUAGCUUACAGGCACUUGAGAGUUUCUUUCCUGCUAAGGUGCCACAGGGAUAUUGUUAUAAGAUCUUGCGGAACUACAAAAAGUUCCAUUGUAAGGCCCACGGGAAGCUGAGUAUAUUUUGAGGUCUCAACAAUGAUUAGAUCGCACAAGUAUUGGAAGUGCAUGUAGUUUGGAGAACGGAGUAGGAGAAGGCACAAUAGAACAGAAGAUAGAUAAUGUUGCAGCAUAUAUAUAUUUGGGAGUUUUUUUUU